UUUGCACACCGAAGCAGCGGAGAACACACACAACCCGCGAGGCGUCAACAACGGUAGCCAAAUAGUCGCUGAAAUACAAUCGGCUGUGAAACCGUGUGAAAAGAAAAACCGUGUGUGUGUCCGGGAAUAAGGUACCGACAAAGAAAGGUAGAAGGGUACAGUGUAGUGUAACAGUGCGUGCCAGCCAGUGAAGCGACACUAUCCGUUGUGUUUUGCACGUGCUGUGUUAGUGAAGCAAAAGUGGCAAAUAUAUAAUAUUUCACAAGUUUAAAGUGAGCGCAAGCGUGUAAAAGCAUUGAAAAAGCAAAACGUAAAUUUUGUGCAUUAUUAUCACGUACUAGUGUUGUGCAUUUACAUCCACAGUACUGCAGUACGUAUCGCUUUCGGAGUGUGUGCGGUACGAACCAGCUGUGAAUGUAACUUUGUGUGGUAAAGAAGCGGCUCCAGCCAUUUCCUUUCUCUCUCUGUCUCUACGCCGUGCUCGUGCCGUUUCGUCUCACGUUCUCUCUCGCUCUGGUAACGAUCCUGCUGCAAAGGCUGCUUUGGCGGUUGCUGCUAGCUUCUGCGCCCCACAAACCAAACAGGCCAUCCCAGCACAGGUUAAAAGCACGCACCCAGCAGCAACGGCCCCACAGUAAAGCUGGACCGGAACGCAACGGCCGCGACGAUGAAGACUCGCCUGACGACGCUUACAUGGCGUGGAUCCGCAUCGGUCGAUCCACGGUUUUCGGCCGCAAUGCUACCGUGGUCCAUCGCCGACAUUAGAAACCACGAAAGUUAUGUAACGCUAUCGGUCGGUGUUGAGGAUGGAGUGCUGGCAGCAUACAACACGGACUUUGAGCUACAGUUUGAGCACAAGUUGAAGUACAUUCUCGGAUAUUGCAGAGUGAUUGUGAAGCAGGAAAAGGGCAAAAAGAACUCGGACUUCCUGAUACCGAAAGCGGCCAGCACACGACCACAGCCAAUCACGAUCGCCAAUGACAGUGUGGCGGAAAUCUUUGGGCCCGAGUUUGGGCUGGUGUAUCUGCUGAAAAAUCCACAGGAUCCACUGCUGCACAUACACUUUUACGAGUGCGAAAAGUAUGAACAGAUGGCCGAACUGAUGCAGCAGAUGCGUGAUCCGGCCACGAUCGGGGGCGGCUCGGUUGGCAGCAUACCGCAGAGCAUCGUUUCCUCCAGCGCGAAUCCAAACGAUCUGCAGAAGGCCCUCCGCAACCAAGGCAUCCAUUCGACGCCCGCCUCCAACCUGAAGCUUGCGGAACAGAUGCGUCACGCACAGCAUGACAGUAGCCCCACAAUAGCCUAUCACCAGCCACAGCAAACCCAGCCGUCCCAUCCUCACUCGCAGCAGCAGUACCAAAAUGGGAGUACGAAUCGUUUGGCCACCUCGAAAAGUUAUUCCGGUGGUUUGAAUAAUUCGGCCGGCGGUGUGAACGGUGGCGCAACCGGUAACAGCAGUAUCUCGUCCAGCCUAUCCUCCCUGCCGGACAUAUCGGCCAACAAUUCACAGUUCUUCGAGGUGCUGUACAUCGGCAAGAUCAAGGUGUCGCACAAGCGCGUCCCGAUCACCUUCAUCGAUGAUGCGCUGCCCAAGUUCAAGGCGUAUGACGCGGAGAAGCUGCGCCAGCAGCAGGAAUUAACGCGAAAGCAAAGCACACCUGUCAGUGAGGAAUCGUCUACGGAAGGUGAAGCAAGUCCCGGGCGCAAUGAGUCCGAGACUAGAGGCACGGAGUCAACACCACCGGCACCGGACGAUCCGCCCGAAGUCUUCCAGGGCCGCCGUGUCAGUACGUUCGAUAUUCCGACGAGGAAGAUUGAGAAUGAUACCGCGGGUGAUAGCAAUGCGUCCGGCAGUGGUAAAGAAGAACCGAAGCGGGUAGAGGAGAACUGUUCCGCAAACGUACAGCAAGGGCAGGAACAGCAGCAACCACACCAGCAGCAGCAGCAACAGCAGCCCCCAUCGGCAGCAGCUCCCAUUGCAGAGCGUGUAGUAGUCACCAAACAAACUAAGUCAGCAUCACCCCAGGAGGAGGAUGCCCCAGUUAAACGAGAUCGUUCCGCUUCCAUUGGAUCGAUACCGGUGGUCGAGCAGAACCGGACGAUGGUAUUCCUGAUCGGCCAGUCCGAUCUGCGUCUGAUCAGCCCGGACCGUAAGCAGGUGCUGCUGCACAAAGCGUUCCGCGAUGUAGCGAGCUGUGCCCAUGGGCACAAAAAUUCGGACCACUUCGGCAUCAUCUGCCGCGAUAUGAACAACGACGGGUACAUCGGGUACGUGUUCAAAUGCCAGUCGGAACAGGUGGCGGAAGAUGUCGUAUUUUCCAUCUCGCAAGCCUUCACCGCAUGUUCGGAGCAAACGAAGCAGAAGGAACGGGCAGCGGCACAGAUAUUCUCCUGCGAGCACUGCCCGAUGCUGUGGUACCACAAGCUGUGCACCGAUACCGAGGGCCAGAGCGACAAGAAGACACAGUACAUGAUUUUCAAGCGCAUCGAUACCACGCUCACCGACGACGAGCAGCGAUUGCUGAUGGAGAAGUAUCGCGGGGCGGAAGAGGCGGCCGGCAGCAGCCUUGGGGAGCAGAACCAAUUUCUGAUGAUGUUGCUGCGUGCGCACUGUGAGUCGAAGCAGCAGCGGCACGUGCACGAUACGGUGGAGCAUAGGACCGAAUUUUUGAACCAGUAUCUCGGCGGCAGUGGCAUCUUUAUGAAGGCGAAACGUUCGCUUACCAGCUCGUUCGAUCAUCUGCUGAAAAGGCGUACCAGCCGGGAUGAUUUUGUGGCCGGUAGUCUCAAGGAUUCGAGCUCGACCGGUGAGCUGAAGGACGGUGGCUUUGAACCGGUAACGCGAGCGCGUGCCUCCACGAUCGGAUCAAGCCCGUCGAUGGGACGGAAGAAUUCGGACGCCGGCAAUGGGACAACACCACAGCUCAAGUCACCGAUGAUGGAUAUCUUCAUCAAGGUUGGCAACAGCCCCAGAGAUCAUGGCCAUGCCGGAUCCUGGCGGCAGGCGAUGCUGCACCGCGUUGUAACACCGUCGAAAAAUAUGAAAAGUGGCCCAGAAGAGUACAUGUCGCCACUGCGUGCGGCUGGCGCACCGGCUAAGAAGCGUACGCGGGAAGAGCUCCGGGAGCUGUGGCGCGUCGGCAUCAAGCAAACAAUCAUCCUGAACCGCAUGGAGAAGGAGAACGCCCAUCUGCAGGCACGCCAGCACGAAAUCAAAUCGAACGAGAUACGUCGCGUCAAGCUGGAGUACGACGAGAUCGCGGUGUGCGAUAAACGGGCGGCCGAGCAGUGGGACACGCUGCUGGACAAUUGCGCUGCGUCGGUUGCAAUCCCGACCAAACAGGCACUGCUGUACCAGGCGAUGAAGAACGGUGUACCACGCUCGAAGCGGGGUGAAAUCUGGAUGUAUCUGGCCGAGCAGCAUGCGCAUCGCUAUCCGGCCCCGAUCGAUACGACCAACUUUCCGAACUUUAACACACCGUACCACGUGCUGCUGAAGAACCUGACCGAACAUCAGCACGCCAUCUUUAUCGAUUUAGGUCGUACAUUCCCGGAUCAUAAGUACUACAAGGACGCACUCGGCGUCGGACAACUGUCACUGUUUAACCUGCUGAAGGCGUACUCCAUUCUCGAUCCGGAGCUAGGCUACUGUCAGGGACUGGGAUUCAUCUGUGCCGUCCUGUUGCUGCACCUCGAAGAAGCCGACGCAUUCGAGCUGCUCAAGCACCUCAUGUUCCGGCGGCAGAUGCGCGCCAAAUAUCUGCCCGACAUGAAACAGUUUCAGCUGCAGCUGUACCAACUGUCCCGGUUGCUGAAGGACCACAUACCGGAGCUGUACGAGUGGUUCGAUCAGCACGACAUCUCGCCGACGCUGUACGCCGCCCCCUGGAUACUGACCGUCUUCAGCUCCCACUUUCCGCUCGGGUUUGUGGUGCGCGUGUUCGAUCUGCUGUUUCUCGAAUCGUUCGACGUCAUCUUUCGGUGUGCGAUCGCGCUGCUGGAAGCGCACAAGGAACCGCUGCUGCAGCGUGACAACUUCGAGGACAUUAUGGAUUACCUGAAGAACGUCAUUCCCAAGAUCGAUGCCGAGGUGAUGGAGAAGGUUUUUCGGAAUGUGUUCCGGUCCGAUUUCUCGCGUCAGCUGAUCGAAUCCCAGGUCGAAUAUAAUGUGCUGCAGGAGGAGAUGACGUCGCAGAACCAUCACCGGGAAAGCUACAACCGGCUGAAGGAGGAAUACCAGCAACUUAACGCGCAGCUUCAAUUUUCCCAGUCGAACAUGAUGCAGCUCGAGAAGCAGCGCCUGUGCCAGCAGGACCAGAUACAGUCGCUACAGACACAGGUGCAAACGCUGGAAAACACCGUCCACACGCUGGUGAGGUUUAUCGAGCAAACGGUCGAUGCACGGUCGGACGCUGUGCUGCCGAACGAUGUGUGUCGCAUUGUGCAGCAGGUACAGGAACUGCAGCAGCAGCAGCAGCAGCAGCAAAAGAAACGCUCACCAAUAUUUGUCGACCGUAAGAUUGGCAAAUCGAUCUCGUUCAACAGCAACCUGGGCCUGGCGCUGAACGUGCUGGAGGAAGCGACCGAACCGGACGGUCCCGGAACGCCAACGAAGAAGAAGCAACCCUACUUCCAAAACUCCUUCACCCAGAUCCGGCAGCAGCAGCAGCGGACCAGCCUGUGGCUGCACAAGCUCGACGAGUGUAACAGCACCACCAGCCCGGAGCAUGGGGUCGGUAGCAGCGUGACGGGCAGCACCGGUGGCCUAUCGUCGGCCAGCAUGAAAGCACUGUCCGGCAACAGUGACGACAGUGGUAUAGCGACCCCGAUCAGUCCCCAGCUGCAUGCACCCUCCACCACACCGAUGGUGGCCGAAAGUCGACCGCUGGUACCGUUCGAGAACCAUCCGCUCAGCAGCUGCGGUGAUGUGGCCGUACAGUACAACGGUACGACGCAGCUAAAGUCGCUGAAACCACGCUCCCAAUCGCGACACGGUUCCGUCUCCUCGAUCGUGAGCGAAACGAGCACGGAGCCAAGGCCGCAAAUAGCGACGGAUCGAAGUUAACGGGCUUUUGGCGGACGGUGAACACCAAUCGACUCGAUCGGACAUAACAUCACGCGUAGCAUAAGUAGCCGAACGGGAGGACGGAUAGGGACGGAUUCAGUGUGCUUUCACAUACCAGGAAAGGCCACACAUGCCAGUGCAACAGAUGUGUUCAACGUGUUCUGAUACGUUCUUCCAUCACCCGGGAAUGUUUCCGUCGUGCACUCAGCGCAUCGCACACCGCACACCGGACAGCGCCAAUACGCGGCUGAACCGCGUAUCGUCUGGGCUCUCGUUCCGUAAUCGUGAUUAGUGCCUGCUUACUCCCUGGAUGGAGCAGCAGCAGCAACUCUUUAUAGAAUCAAAAGCUAUUCCUUCAUCAUGUGUGGAAUGGAAUUUCCUCGUUCGAAUACCAGGGGAUAAACAUAUUUAUAGGCAAAGAAAAUACGAAGAAAGAAUGCGCAACAUGGUGGAACAUUGCGAACGCCAUCUUGCUCGAGAAGGAGAGAUCAGCUUCGCUCGGUUUAUCUACGGCAGAGGAGAUUAGAAUAAGUGAAAGGACGGCAAACAUUACUGCUAUUGAUCGCUUUUUGCAGCAAAACGGCAACGCCACUUCAAAAUGGAGAACUCAAAACACAAAACUACAAAACUCAGAAACCAAACCCAACGCCAGUAAAUGCUUCGUACAAUUAGUGUGUGUGUGUAAGAGUGUGAACGUAGUAGUUUGUAGUGUUUAGUGUGAGUGUGUAUGUGUGUGUAGCGAUGAUCUUAGGACCUUUACUGUGCAGCUAUAUAGCCUGACGACCCCUUGUUGUUGAUAUUUUAUUUUUUAACCCAACUUUUUUGCGCUAGAAUGCAACCAAAUCUUGUCGAGUUCUUGGCAGCUGGAUGUGCUGAGAGGCAAUUGUACUUACUUAGAGGGUAGGGGAAUAGUAGCUGCACCAAAGCUGUAUAUUUUGGUAUCCAAGAAUUUUGAGAAUCCUAGCUUCCUAGCGACCGUUAAGUUUCUGAGGCAAGAACUGGCUGGACGCUUCUAGCAAUCGAUGUAGAAUCCCUCCCAAAAAAAAAACAGGCAAAAGCAAAAAUUCGCGAAAGACAACACCAAAAGAAACCUGCCACACCGUAACGCCAUGUUAUUCUUCUCAAUAUUGGUUCGCGUCCUGUGUGGUCCUUCGGCACGUCAACAACUCUUGUGGAGGCUUGUGAGUUGAACGGUUACAGUCAAGUCCAGGGAAUACACACUAUUCGAGUUAUUCGAGGAAAUGAAUGAUAUAGUAGUUCAAAAAGCUUGGCACGCGGCCAAUAUAAGGUACUCACACACGGAGAGUCCCAACACUUGACUCUUGCACGCUUCCACAUUUCGCUUACAUUAGGAACCUGGGCACUGCUGGGCUGGAUUUGGUCGCUCCAGGGAUAUAUAAUGUUGUAGGCUUAAGCUGUGUAAAAACCCAACUACUCGCGGUUGAAGCUAGACAACCGCCGUUUUUUUUUUUUUUGCCCCCCACUAUCAGGUUCAGGUAUUACUUAUUACGUUUAGUAUUGAUUACAACACACGUUCACGAGCUUUUCGGAGGCCUUUCUAUCGGUAAUUUACGGCUCCGCCAAAGCCUUACUAAAGCGCGUUGCUAGUGUACAUAAAGGUAUCGUUUCGUUGAGAGCGACGAGAGCAGGGGAGUUCGUCUGUUGCUUUGCGUUUUGUUGUGUUGUUUAGUUGUUUAGUUGUUACACUUGCUAGUUUAACCAUUUUGUUUCGUUGGCGUUUUUGCUUUCUUUUUGUUUUAGCUUUUUGCUCAUUUUCGUACCAAGGGAUAGGAGGACAACAAGAAAUAGCUAAUAUAUGUAUACAGCUCACUAUCUCUACUAGCGCUUCGGUGAUACAUUAACGGGCAGGCAAAUGAGCAAUGAGAAAAUUUUACAUAAUAUAUGCAUAUGUAUAACACCACUACCUACCACCAUCACCACACACGGCUGCAAAUAAUUAAGCAUCUAAGGUUAUGACAAAUCGCGAACAGGAAAUAAAGCCCAAUAUAUAGCUAAAUA